AUGUUCGUGCGUCCGCCGGGCAAACUCCCUGGGUCGAAGGACUUGCGCAGCAUUCCGGCAACGCUCUCGGAAGACGAGGACGCGCCCGAAGUGGCGGCACGAAAGAUGCAAGACACGACUGCAACGACGGCUGCGGCGGGGCAGUGUCUGAAGCCAACAGUGAAGGGCUACACGUCGGCCAUGCUCAUGGAACCAGGCCUAUUUCUCAACUGGAAGAUAAUGAGGACGGGAAAUUUGGCCGUCGCAAUCCACGCCAAGGCGACGACGGCCGCGGCGAGGGGGUGGAUCGCCGUGGCGUGGUCGACGACGGGGCUUAUGUCGCCCGCCGAAGCCAUCGCGGGUAACCUGCCGCACGGCGGGUUACAGGGUUACAUGCUCAACACGUACACUUCUGUUGUUCCGACCAACGGCCUCAAGUUUCAGGGAAAGACGGUAUCGACCGCGACUGCGGGCACUAUAAUCAGUUUUAUUCGUCGGCACGGUGACGGGGGGAAGGUGCCGGUGAGGCUGUGGGCGGUGAACCGUCUCGUGUGGGCCUACUCCAACGACGGCACCAAGGCUGUUGGUUACCACGGCACUAACGUUGGCGCGCUGUCCGUCAUCUUCGCGUGUAACGGGGCGACGGGUAAAGUGCCAGGCAACCCUAACACUCCGCCCCCGCCGCCGUACAAGCCUCCGCCGAUCCAACGGUCCUACAAGUGCCCCGUGUCGUCAAUUCCCACUUUCAUCUACAUGACUGAUCUCGCGCCAGGGCUUGUGUUGCACUGGCGCUUGCAUCAGCGCAACGUGGUGGAAGUGGCGCUCGAGGCGCAGGCGGGCAGCGGGGCGGAAAGCGGAUGGUUGGCGCUCGGGUGGUCCAAGAACGGACGGAUGGCUGGCUCGGAGACGAUUAUUGGAAAUAAAGCUGCGGGUGUAAUGGGAACGUAUGAUAUCAUGGGCUACAGUAUGACCUCGAUACAGCCCAAGAUAAUGGGACUCGGGGAUGCUGCUAUGGUGAACAAGAACGGGAGGGGGUCAACAAUCAUGAGGUUUAGGAGAACUGCGGGAAAAGCCAAUCGUGUUCCGGUGCAACCGUGGGGGGUCAACACGCUGGUGUGGGCCUACUCCAAGGACAAUACCAAGACUUUCACCUACCAUGGUGGUAACUGUGGGUGGCUCACUGUGGACUUUUCCUGCAAGGUACCACCGUAUAAUCGGGGACGGGGAGAAAACGAGGGCGGUGAAGAUGAUUACCCUCAAUAA